AUGAAUCCACAACAAAACCACAGCGUCGGCUACCCCUAUUCAUAUCCAUACCGUCCAGGAACCCCCCUCCAAAGUUCAACAGGUACACGCUCCGAUCUUCGCGACAAUAACGCAUUUCCCAAUAAUCAACUUCCCCCAUUAAGAAAUAUUAAUGGUGCCUGGGAUGCAAACAGUGGUUUCGCGACCAGAAGAGAUAGAGUGGAUGCGGAUGUAGGGAGACCGGUGUGUAUAGAGCCAGAUGUGAGGAUGAAUGGUCGGAUUAUCGCAGACCAACAAACUGGUGCAAAAAAUGAUACCUUCCGAGCAAUCUACAAGCAACGAACCUGGAUUUUCUUCGCAAAAGAUAUUUUAGGAAGGCUAAAAAUCCUCAUCACACCCCCAAUGCUGAGUCCAUUGGUGCCUCCUCAAAUUACCCCAGCUAAAUAUCCAUCGUCGCUCGAUAUUGGGAAACUAAAAACAUCAUAUCAGUAA